CAAGAGAGUACACGGUGAUCAAUGAAAACUGCCCUGGAGCGGAGUGGAAUAUCAUGUGUCGGGAAUGCUGUGAAUACGACCAGAUCGAGUGCGUCUGUCCAGGACGGAAGGAGAGAGUGGGCUACACCAUUCCUUGCUGCAGGAAUGAGGAGAAUGAGUGUGAUUCCUGCUUAAUCCACCCAGGCUGCACCAUUUUUGAGAACUGCAAGUCCUGCCGUAACGGCUCCUGGGGAGGGACGCUUGACGACUUCUACAUCAAGGGGAUCUACUGCGCCGAGUGCAGGGCCGGCUGGUACGGAGGGGACUGCAUGAGAUGUGGACAGGUUCUUCGGGCUUCUAAAGGCCAGAUUUUACUGGAGAGUUACCCACUGAAUGCACGAUGUGAAUGGAUUAUUCAUGUUCAAGCUGGAUUUAAUGUUGAGUUAAGGUUUUCCAUGCUGAGCCUUGAGUUCGAUUACAUGUGCCAGUAUGAUUAUGUGGAGGUCCGUGAUGGGGACAACUUGGACAGCAGGAUAAUUAAGAAAUUCUGUGGAAAUGAGAGACCGCCUCCUAUCCGAAGCACUGGGUCUUCACUCCAUGUCCUUUUCCAGUCGGAUGGUUCCAAGAACUUUGAUGGAUUUCAUGCUGUCUUUGAAGAAGUUACAGCUUGUUCUUCAUCUCCGUGUCUUCACGAUGGAACCUGCAUUCUAGACAAAAGUGGAGCCUACAAAUGUGCCUGUUUGGCCGGCUAUACAGGAACUCGCUGUGAAAACUUGGUGAUGUGUAGGACUCCAGGUGCUCCCGCUCAUGGUAUUGUGGAAGGAGAUGACUUUAAGUACGGGGCCCAGGUUUACUUCAAGUGCAACGCAGGUUACAGCUUAAAAGGCAGCCGUGUUGCCUACUGUCAGCUUGAUGGGAGCUGGUCAACACAUCAUCCUGAAUGUGUUCUAGAUGAAAAAAACUGCUCAGAUCCUGGGGGCCCACUCAAUGGCUACAGAAGAGUGGUAGAAGACACUGGGCUCUUGAAUGGACGCUAUGCAAAAAUUGGCACAGUCAUUGCUUUCUUUUGUAACAACUCCUAUGUUCUUAGUGGGAAUGAACAGAGGACCUGCCAAGACAAUGGAGAAUGGUCAGGGAAACAGCCUAUCUGCAUAAAAGCCUGCAGAGAGCCAAAGAUCUCUGACCUGGUGAGACAGAAAGUGCUUCCAAUGCAGGUUCAGUCAAGGGAAACACCUUUGCAUCAACUUUACUCAUCUGCAUUCAGCAAGCAGAAGCUGGAAAUCUAUCCAACCAAGAAGCCGGCGCUGCCGUUCGGAGAGCUGCCCCUGGGGUACCAGCAUCUGCACACUCAGCUGCAGUACGAGUGCAUCUCUCCCUUCUACCGCCGCCUGGGGAGCAGCAGGAGGACUUGCCUGAAGACAGGGAAAUGGAGUGGGAGGGCCCCUGUGUGCAUUCCCAUCUGUGGAAAAGCAGAAAACAUCACUCUUCAAAAGGCAGUGACCUCUACCAGGUGGCCCUGGCAAGCGGCCAUCUAUCGGACGGCCAACGGAGUGAAGGAGAGCAGCCUCCGGAAAGGGAUGUGGAUCCUCAUCUGCAGCGGGGCCUUGGUGAAUGAGCGCACUGUGGUGGUGGCAGCGCACUGCGUCACCGACCUGGGCAAGACCAUCGUGCUCAAGACAGCUGAACUCAAGGUGGUUCUGGGGAAGUUCUACAGAGAUGAUGACAGAGAUGAAAAGACCAUCCAGAACCUGCGAAUUUCUGCCAUCAUAGUGCAUCCCAACUAUGACCCUAUAUUACUUGAUUCUGACAUAGCUAUCAUAAAACUCUUGGACAAAGCCAGAAUCAGCAGUCGUGUUCAACCCAUUUGCUUGGCAUCUUCUCAUGAGUUGACUUCAUCCACAGAGGAUUUAAAAAUAAUGGUUACUGGCUGGAAGGUACUGGCUGACGUUAAAGAUCCCGGAUACAAGAAUGACACAAUCCGCAUGGGAGUUGUUCGGCUGGUGGACUCACUGUUGUGUGAGCAACAGUACGAAGAUAAUGGGAUACAGGUCAGCAUCACUGACAGCAUGUUCUGUGCCAAACAGGACCACACAGCCUUUUCUAACAUCUGCCCUGCUGAGACUGGUGGCAUUGCAGCCAUACCUUUGCCAGGAAGGGCAUCUCCUGAGCUAAGGUGGCACUUGAUGGGAUUAGUGAGCUGGGGUUAUGAUAAAACUUGCAGCCUUGAACUCUACAGUGGCUACACCAAAGCUCUUCCUUUCAAAGACUGGAUUGAGAAGAACCUGAAGUAAAAAAAAUGCAUCUGGAAAUGGCAUUUUAUAACUAUCAUAAUAUCUCUCACAGUCUAUGCUGCAUUAGGCUUCUCAUCCCAGUGAUGAGCCACAUCUGGGAUCAGGUUAACGCAGACACCCUGGUCAUUUGUCCUUGGAUUGGCUGUUUCAUCAGACUAUGCUUAACCCAUGACAGAGGGUCUCAGUGCAUGUAGCAGUUUGAUAUAUUUUGGCUUUCUCCCCUGGUGGGAGGAUGAUG